AACUGGGUACACAUGGAAGUCCAAGGCGUAGAAAUGCUGGUCACGACCCUCCAGUGAAACAUUUGGGCCUCGGAGAAGUAAAACGAUUUACUGGAGGAAUGCACAAUACAGAAACUCUACCUGUUACUGACAAUGGAAUAGGUGAUCACCAUCACAAUAAUCAUCACCAAUAUCAGCCGUCUUUGGGCCGCCAUCAAGCUAACAAAGUGGAUUCGCAUAAAUCAGUUUGUGUGAAACCUUCGUCGCAGUUGUCAUCGCCAUCAACACCUACGUCCAUUAUUCCAUCGAAUGUAUGCACAUCAUCGUCGUCCGCUACGCUGCCAACGUCCAGCGCAGGACUGCCAACAGUAUUAUCAAAUCAAAACACAGCACUGCUUCUGAGCGUCGGUGCGAAUGGCAACAGCAACAACAACCUCAACAGCUGCAGCGGAGUUAGAGAGUGUGCCGGCUGCUGCAAACGAAUCACCGAACGAUUUCUAUUGAAAGCUUUAGAUUUAUACUGGCACGAGGAUUGCUUAAAAUGCGGAUGCUGUGAUUGUCGAUUAGGUGAAGUCGGGUCCACGCUUUAUACGAAGGCAAAUUUAAUUUUGUGUAAACGAGAUUAUCUUAGAUUAUUUGGAAAUACCGGCCUUUGCGCUGCUUGUACCAAAGUUAUUCCUGCAUUUGAAAUGGUUAUGCGGGCCAAAAGUAAUGUAUAUCAUUUAGAGUGUUUUGCUUGUCAGCAGUGUAACCACAGGUUCUGCGUAGGCGAUCGUUUUUAUUUAUGUGAGAAUAAAAUUCUGUGCGAGUAUGACUACGAGGAGCGUUUGGUGUUCGCCAAUAUGGCGUAUAAUCCGUCGAGUUUGGCACACAUACGGAGACAAGUCAGCAGUUUACAGCCAGCAGGAGACAGUUGUAUGAAUAAAAGAAACGGUGAAAAUAUUGGUAUUGGAUACGGUAGCAACGGUGGUCGUUCGAAUGGUGCAUCAAAUUUUGGUGACAAGGAUCAGCAACACCAGCACCAGCACCGGCAACAUCACAAUUACAAUGUAAAUCAAUUGUUGCAUGUGCAAAAUCAACAGCAUCAGACGCAACAGCAAAAUCAUCGUGACAGUGGCUAUGGAAGCAGUCCAGACUCGGAGACCAAAAUCACUGAGAUCGACUCACAUGUGCAUUGACAGCAAAUUCGGUAUAGAAUCGAAUACAACUAGUCUAAGGCUCGACAAACUCCAUAAUUCACACAGUCAACGAUUAGUCGCGAAAAAAAAUUAAAUCUCCAUACAACAAAUUGUGUGCAAUAUCUCAAAUAUGUGGUUAAUGAAUUAAACUCACUACAAAAAAAAUUGGACAUCCCGCUUUGAAGAUGAGCUAUUUCUUGUUUUAGUUAACCCUCGAAGGUGAACUAGAUCUACUGCAAUGAAUGCAAUAAUUUUCCACGUAGAUAAUUGAAUAAAAUUUAAAACACCGAAUUCUUCAUAAAAUACAAGAGAAAUGCAAUAAUCUCAGAACAAUUAAAAUAUUUGUCAAUCAACAACACGUAUCUCAUUUUGAAUUCAAACAAUUAUUAUUUGUUAUCAAAUUUUAGUUUUCACACACAUUCCUGUUUAUGACUUUACCACCGCCUGCCGUAGACUAAUAGUGUUAAAAAAAAAAGAAACGAGGACAAUUUGACGAUUAAAUAUGGCCCUUGAAGCAUUACGAUCCGACGUACGGUUCACAUUAUACAGGCGUUUGAAUGUUGCCCGCCUUUCGGCGGUGGUAUGCACUAGAAGGUUGAUGGUAAACGAACAGUUUGUGUUCAACUAGACGUUAUCACAGAUAACCCUUUUUUAGAAACUCAAUGACCACUCAUAGAAAAGUAGCCGUCGGAGU